AUUUUAUUAUGAGAAACAAACGCAUUUGGCAUUGAUUAUUUUUGGCAGUUUGUGUAAAUAAUAACUGUGAAACUAGUCAAAAUUCUUGUUCGUUUCUUCUUCAUUACCACGUCGUUUGGUAAAAGAUGUCGUUAGGAUCCCAACCCGGAUCGGUGAGCAAAGACCAAAGUUUCUUAUCCAAACAAGAUGAGACCCAAGCGAAUCCCGAAGUGCCAAAACGUCCACUUAAAAUGUACGGAGACAUCACUAGCGGAGAAUCAAAAGUGUCCGCUAAGCUGCCAACGAGCGUGAAUCCAUCCGAUUUUCACAAGCUUUUCCAAUCGAUGGACACCCAAACAAAGGGCAAGAUAACUGCCAAAGAACUUCAACAGGCUUUCGAAAUCUUCCAGGGAAAGCAUUUCUCAGAUGCAGCGUGCAAGUUUGUAGUGAGGCUUUUCGAUUUGGACAAAGCUGGCGGUUUAGACAUUAAAGAAUUUGAAGUGUUGUACUUCUGCGUUAAACAGUGGGUUGGGGCAUUUAACGCGUACGACAGAGACAAGACAGGAUUCUUAUCCGAGACUGAACUUGAUUACGCCCUGCGUCAAAUGGAUAUCAACUUUUCCAAAGAGUUCAUCAAGUUUCUCAUCUCACGCAGCGAUCCACAAGCCAGGAAAAUAUCCUUGGACCAGUUUAUAGUGUUCUGCGUACAAGUCCAGAAAUUCACGGAAGAAUUCAAAGUGCGAGAUCAAAAUUACACCGGAAAUAUCAGUCUGAGAUACGAAGACUUCCUCGAAUUGAUCAUGAGAUGCUUCUAGCUAGCUUGUUUUGAACGAUGAUCAUUGAUACUUUAUGAAGUAUACUUAUGCAAAUAAAAAAGAGGAAAAGCGAAUGCCACAUUUACGAUUUACAUUCCACUGCUGUAGAAA